CGAAGAAUAGCCUCAAAAUUAAGCUUCUCCAAUUCUCUCUCCCUCUCUCUCUCUCUUGAUGGUGCAUCCAGAAACACCACAACCACUACAUUCUGAUAGGGAGAAAUUCCUUAUCUUGCGUUGCUUUAGCAAUCCCAUCACUGAAACAGAACCCUUUGGAGUUUGCCAAACCGCAUCCCAUUGCCUUUUUAUACAAACCCACCCCAUCAAGAACUCAAAGACGAAAAGAAGACGAGGUGGGGAGAGAAGUCAGGGGCCAACUUCCACAGUUCUACUUCUGGGUGAUCUCUUCCCUACCCCUUUCUGGUCCCUCUUCUCAUUGGCUCCUCGCUCCCUCUCUCUCUCUCUCUCUCUCUCUCUCUCUCUCUCUCUAUAUAUAUAUAUAUAUAUAUAGGGCCCUCCUAUUUUAUAUUUUUUGAUGGGAAGAUGAUGAACAGAGCCAACUCUGGUGAGGCCUACGUCCCUUCAGUGAUGUCCUUCGUUGGGCUGGAAGGCAGCAGCCAAAAGCAGCAACCUUGGGACUGGGACACCACCACCAUCCACCACCACCCAAUCGCCACCGCCAUUCCGGCCGCCGCCUCCACCACCUCCCUCGCCCUCCAGAACCACCAUCCCUUCUUCCCCAACUCCUCCUUCCUGGAUUGCCCGCCCUCCCUCCUCCCUGUCGACAGUUUCUCCUUCUACUCCCCGCCCGUCGUCGACUACCCUGCGGCGGACUCGGCGGCCCACGUCAAGCGGGAGGACUACGGCGGCGCCACCGCGGCCGUCGCCGCCCCUGGUGCUGGUAGAAUUGGGCUGAAUUUGGGCCACCGGACCUACUUCUCGUCUGGAGAUGCGCUCGCCAUCGACCGGCUCUUCGCCCGGUCCCGAGAGGUGUACUCGCUGAGCCACCAGCCGCCGCGGUGCCAGGCCGAGGGCUGCAAGGCUGACCUCUCCGGCGCCAAGCACUACCACCGCCGCCACAAGGUCUGCGAGUUCCACUCCAAGGCCACCGUCGUCAUCACCGGCGGCCUCCAGCAGCGCUUCUGCCAGCAAUGCAGCAGGUUUCAUGUGCUGGCCGAGUUUGAUGCGGCCAAGAGGAGCUGCAGGAAGCGCCUGUCUGACCACAACCGCAGGAGGAGGAAGCCUCAACUCCCAGCAGGAAACGCAGACUCCUCAGCCCCCAGGAAUCCAACCCCCAAUUCCAUGGAGAAGAGCAAACAGAUAUCAAAGGCCCCGAGAGACAAUUCAACUGGGAAGUCCACAGCUGCCAUAUGUAAGACCAGUACAAGCUUGGAGGGGCAGCUGGAGUACUCAAACAAAACGACCCCGUUGAGAAAUGGGCCAGAUUUAUCUCUGGGAGGGGUUGGACAAGUGGAGAAAGGAGGUAUGGGGUCUUCUAAUUCUAUGUACGAAAGCCAAGGACAGUUUGUAGCCAUGGCAGAGGAGAAGGUUUCGCAGCAGCAGCAGCUGCUCUCUUUCUCACCUUCAGCAUCCAGUGGGACCUUCUUCCACCACCAUAACCUCUUCUCCUCCAGUUCUAAUGAGGCCUCCCCGUCUGCAGGGGGGGGCUCAGACCACACCACCAGCCACCACCACCAGAACGACCUCCUCCACCCGGGGCAGGCCAUGUUUGAAGCGGACUUCAUGUGAGGAUGGAUGAGAGCCAUGGCAGGUCCUCCAGAGAGGGAUUGUAUAUAUCAGUCUCUCUUUUUCUGCUCUUCUUUCCUUCUUACCCUUUCAGUGCGAAUAAUGUUUUUCUUUUCAGAAUUAACUAGCAGUGGUGCAGAAGGGUAUUCAGGACUUAUAUAUGUACCUUUCAAGAGAUUUUAAGUUGCGUUCCCUUCUUGGCUGCAUU